AUGGGCAACGUGUUGGCCGCUAGCUCGCCGCCCGCGGGGCCCCCCCCGUCCGGCCCGGGCCUCGUGGCCGCGCCGCCGUUCGCUCCGCCGCCGCCGCCGGGCUUCACGCUGCCCCCAUGGGAGGACUGAGCGCGGCGUCCGGCGGCCGCGGGGAGCCCUGGCGCCCCUGCGGGCGGGGCCCCGAAGCCGGCGGAGCAGGCCAGCUGGUGCCUGCCCAACCCCGGCACGUUCGAGGAGUGCCACCGCAAGUGCAAGGAGCUGUUCCCUGUGCAGAUGGAGGGCGUGAAGCUCACGGUGAACAAGGGCCUCAGCAACCACUUCCAGGUCAAUCACACCGUGGCCCUCAGCACCAUCGGAGACUCCAACUACCACUUUGGGGUCACCUACGUGGGGACCAAGCAGCUCAGCCCCACCGAGGCCUUCCCGGUGCUGGUGGGGGACAUGGACAACUGUGGGAGCCUCAACGCCCAGGUGAUCCACCAGGUGGGGCCAGGGCUGCGCUCCAAGAUGGCGGUGCAGACGCAGCAGUCCAAAUUUGUGAACUGGCAGGUGGACGGAGAGUACCGGGGCUCGGACUUCACGGCUGCAGUGACCCUGGGGAACCCUGACGUGCUGGUGGGCUCAGGGAUCCUGGUGGCUCACUACCUGCAGAGCAUCACCCCGUGCCUGGCCCUGGGCGGGGAGCUGGUUUAUCACCGAAGGCCGGGCGAGGAGGGUACCGUCAUGUCCCUGGCAGGGAAGUACACAGCGCCCAACUGGCUGGCGACCUUGACCGUGGGCCAGGCGGGGGCCCAUGCCACCUACUACCACAAAGCCAGCGACCAGCUCCAGGUCGGGGUGGAAUUUGAAGCCAGCACCCGGAUGCAGGACACUAGCGUCUCCUUCGGCUACCAACUGGACCUGCCCAAGGCCAACCUCCUCUUCAAAGGCUCCAUGGACAGCAACUGGAUCGUGGGUGCGACCUUGGAGAAGAAGCUGCCCCCCCUGCCUCUGACACUGGCCCUGGGCGCCUUCCUCAAUCACCGAAAGAACAAGUUCCAGUGUGGCUUCGGCCUCACCAUCGGCUGAGUCUGGCACCCGCCGGCUGGCCCGGGCCUGCGCUCUGGGCUGGGCAGGAAGGUCCCCGAGGGCUGGAAGGGGAGGCCCCCGGACCUGGGGAGACCUCGGGCUUCGGAGAGGAACUUCAGACUACUGGAAGACCAAUCCCCCUGCCCCCUCUCCCGUUCCUGGAAGGGCACUAGGCUCUAGGAGACCUAGGUGGGAAGGACUAUGGGGGAGGGUCCUCAGGGUGGGCCUCUCUCUCCCCCCGCAGUGGAGCUGGGCAUCCCUGCCCUGCCUCUGGUGGCCACAGGAGGGG